AUGAGUUGGGAUCACCCUGUCCACAGCUUCAGCUAUCCCAACGGCGAACCGCAGACCCCGACAAGGACUCCGACGACGGCCGCCUUUGACUCCUUCACAACGCCAAAGCUCGAGUCGAGUUUUUUUGACCCUCGAGUCACCUGGGAUACGGCAGACCCUUAUGCCUCCAGUCCUGAGUUCCUUCGCUCCCCACACAAGUUCGGCAUCAAUACCCCGUCCAAUGCUUUGAGAGCAGAGGCAUCGACAGAUAUCAGAGAUGGAAGGGGCUCAGAAAACACCGAUACCGCCAGGAGGAUUCGUCCCAUGAGGCCGAUGCCCACCGUGGGUGAAGAUGGUCCGAGGACGGUGGAUUCGGCCAAAUCCGCAGCAUCCAUGCAAACCCCACCGCCGACCAGUGCGUCUAGACGAAAGAUUCCUGAUUUUGAGUCCUUGGGCAGUGUCGGGAGAGGGACAACACCGCGGGUGGCCAAUCAUUUAGAGACCCCGAGUCGUCUUCUGGGGGUAUCCCCUCGACUGUUCGGGAAUUUGCAGUCUUCUCCGGACCUCUUCCAACUAGCUUCGUUAGAUCCCACGGGGUCUCCUUUCUUCCCACAGCAGCGGCUGUUCUGGGAUCACGAGCAGGAGCAGCCAGUACAUGGACUCCCGUCACUCGACUCCGGUAGGGGCCAUGUUCAUGCCGGACGACCAUCUGCCCAUGCCUCUCUCAGCGCAAAUAUCCCACAACUACCCGCCAUCGAUGGCUCCAUGGAUUUGCCUGAGUUCACCAACGGUGGGUUUGGAAUCUCCUCGGCUCCUCCCACCGAUGCAGCUCUCUUUCCUGCUCCCUUUUCGACUUCUCCACGUAUCCCCGUCACCAAGGCCGAGGACCCAGCGAUGUUUUUGAGCUCCCCUGCCCGACGGUUUGGUGGGCCUCAGCUCACACCCGAAAGGCGGCCUGGAAUGAGACAGCCUUAUCACCACCAAAUCGAGGAAUCAAAGCGAGAGGAACUUCGUCGAGCCCAUGGUUUCGAAGGAUAUCGUCCGGCCUCGUUCUCGAGCUUCUCGGGCGAUGACGAAGAGGACGAUUUCACCCCGCGUGGCCGGCCAGGACUCACUCGAAGUGUCACACAUACGGCGAUCACGAGCUCUUCCCAUCGUCCACUCAGUCGAUCCAGCGGUAUCAUGGCCACGACGAGUGGAAUUCGUAAGAGUCCUUCCAAGGGGCGAGUCUCUCCCGUUAAGACCAUGAGACCGGCGCCGUUGGGUCGGUCCAAUUCAGUCGCCUCGGGCAUGCCCACUCGUUCGCAGUCGGUGGUGUUGAAAAUUGGCAAAGAUGGUCGGGCCAAGGCAGAAAUGCAGCCUCUCGACGAGGGUCCCACGGGGUUGACUGAUCCCUUGACUGGGAUGGAUCUGGAUGGUUCUGCCACCGAGAGCGAGGCCGACCCUGCGGAAUAUUCUGAAUAUCCCGUUCUGUCUCGUCCGCAGUCUUCUUCGUUCGGUCUCUUCGACGGUGGUCGACCCUCCCUGUCUUGUAGUGACUCUGGCUCUCGCCCUCCCUCCAAAGGAUCCUAUGCGUCUACAGUUGGCUCAUCCCACUCUGGACGGAUGUCUCCCUGGGCGGGCUCCUCCCGAGCUGUCUCUAGCCGAUCCACCUACCGGGGUUCUCCCGAGGCUAUCAAGCGGACGCCAAGCAAGCGACAUUCAUCCCUACUCCAUUCGGAUGCUACGUAUACCCGGGGCAGCGUCGCCUCUCAGACGCUACCUGGCGAAGAGGAUGACAGUGGUGAUGCCACCCACGCCCUUCGACAGGUUCUUAAAGAGCGUGGACGGGGAGGCAGACCUUCCACCGGGGGCUACGGUGCUCGUCUUCCCCGAGCUGCUACAUUUGCUCACAUACGCUCUUCCCCUCCUCGACUCCAUAGUGAUUUCGAUAUCCACCCAUCUCAUCACUCGAGCCACUCUCCCACCACCUUGACCGACCCUGACCUAGCCACCCCCAGCACCGACCGCCAUAGUAAUCCCAGUAAUGGGACGCGCUGUGUUUGCAAUUCGAUGGAUAAUGGUGGCCAUCUCAUGAUUCAAUGUGAAUCUUGUACCCACUGGCUCCAUACGAAAUGUGUCGGUCUGGAGCGGUCCAACCUGCCAUCCUUUUAUGUCUGCAUGUUCUGUUCCCAAACCCCCUCCCGUGUCCGGUCGGGAUAUGCACCGGGCGGGGGUCCUCCUUCACCUUUGGCGCAUAAAUCCUUUCGAUUCCGGUAA